AUGAUUCCAAUUGCACAUCCUCUUGCUAAGGGCGCAACAGAGCAAAUGAUAGCCGCUUUGGUCAGUGAAUAUGCAAACAAGGCCAUACUGGUGACUGGAAUAAAGAAGUGUCUAAAGCACAUAGAGCAUGAAUCAGAAGGUCUGUUAGUGCUGACUGCCGAUACAACACCCAUGGACCUAAUCACACAUCUUCCUUCGCUUUGCGAGGAGAGAGGAAUCAGGUAUGUGUUUGUCAAUGAUAAGACAUGCAUUCCAAACAGAUUCACUUGUGUGUUCUUUGGAAUGCAGGAGAGGCACAAGGUUCAGGCUAUAAUAGCUGCUCUUGACCAACAGUAG